AUGAACUUUUUUGGCAGGCCGACCGACGGCGACGACGGCGAGCAAGCACAACCCCUGCUCACCCAAGGCACCCGGAGAGGACGGGAGACGAUGCAGCCACCCCGGAAGAACCUCCAAAGCCGCUGGAGACUCUGGAAAGCUAACCCAUAUUGGCUGAUUCCAGUGGUCAUCACCGUUUCAAUGUGUCGGGGCCUGACCAUGGCUCCCCGAAUCCAAGUCUAUAACCAUAUUGCCUGCCAGGCAUUCAAGAAGCUACCGGGUUCUUUGCCAUUGCCGUCGCCAUCGAAUCUCACUGCGACUAUUUUUGCUCCGGCCCAAGAUGAAGAUUGUCCUUCUGCCGACAUUCAGCCUCGCGCUGCCCAGAUCCAAGCCACCAUCAUCACGUCGAUGAGUGUGCUGAGCGCAAUAACGACCGGUCUGUGGAGCCGCUUUGGCGAUAUUCACGGGCGGAAGAUUAUUCUUUGCAGCACAAUUUUCGGUUUCAUUGCCAUGGACAUCAUCGUCCUUCUAGUCACGGACACGGAGUCUUUUUUCAGCCAGUAUGGCGAGCAAUUCAUCGUGCUAGGCCCGAUCAUCGAUGGCUUACUUGGCGGUCUGUCUGCGUUCAACGGUGUUGUACAUGCCUACACAUCCGACUGCACGCCGCAUGGCUCCAGGUCGAAAAUAUUCUCGACUAUCCAAGGUAUCGUCUUCAUCGGCCUGGCGUCCGGUCCUUGGGUUGGCAGCAUCCUCCUACGCUUGCUGAAGCCCUCAGAGUCGAUGACAUUCAUGUUCUAUCUCAGUAUACUCUUCCAAAUCGCCAUCCUCACUUUCAUUCUCUUCUUACUUCCCGAGUCCCUCAAGCCGGUCGUUUCGGAAGGAACACGCACACGACCCGCUUCCACAUACUCUACGUUGUCCAGGGCUAGCUCAUCCUCCAAGCCCUUCCUACCUAGAGCCAAGGUCUUAGUCAUCCGCUUCAUGAAGACGUUUAUCUCGCCGAUUACGAUGUUCCGACCAAAGACUAUAGGCCGUGGAAGGAGGGACUGGAACCUGACAUUGGUCGGACUGGCCCUGUUCCUCUAUGUCCUAUCCAGUGGUGUUUAUCAAGUCAAGUACUUGUAUGCGAAGCAUAUAUAUGUAUGGACUGCGGAGCAGCUUAGCUUCUACAUGUCCCUCCUGUGGAUAACCAGAGCCGCCAACCUUCUCGUCGUCCUCCCCCUCAUCAUCUCGUACUUCAAGCCUCCCACCAAGCCCCGUCUUGCAGUCUCUCCCGUGUCCCCCGGGGAAGAACCAGAAACCACGGAGCCUGAAAGAGACAUCCCUGCUGAGCUCCGCUUCGACCAGAAAAUUGCUGGGUAUUCACUUUUCGUUGACGGGUUCUCCGAUUUCUGUGUUUUCCUCGCUCCCAUAUCUUCUCAAUCAGCUUUCAUUUUCUUCUCAUGCUUGACAUCGUUCACGAGCGGCGGAAACCCUGCCGUACACUCGUUGGGCGCUGUAUGUCUGCACGCCGCCGGACGUGGGAGUGAAGUCGGGUCGUUAUUCGGAGCUUUGGCAGUGUUGUCGGCUAUUGCCCAUACGUUCAGCCCCACGAUCUACGCCGCAACCUACGGUUUGACGGUCGUCACUUUCCCUAAGGCGGUGUUCCUUCUAGCUAGCAUCUUCCUUGCAAUCGUGGUGACUUUACUAUGGUUGAUCAAGCCAGACAAUGGGAGCAAGGAGGAUUCGUAUAGCCCUAUUACCCAGGACGAGGAAGAGGCUGUUUCUUUCCAUAACUAA